AUGGGGGAAAGACGGACACGCUCCUUUCACGCGACAUGCCAUGUACAACAUGACAGUAGCAGCAGGCUGGGCAGCUCCUUCAUAAGUUGCAGCCCAAACGGAUAUGCCAGCACCAGCAUCAACCUGGACCAGGAUAUGGAUGUUGGCCUUGCAUCUUCCACCUGCGCUACUUCCAGCAGCGCUGCCCUCAGGUCUCCUGCACCUGAUAGGAGCCACUACUCUCCUGUUUCACUGGAACCAGAGCCCGCAGCGGUGAAUAAUGGAUCAGGCAUUCCCUGCUGUCCACCAGCAGACACAAAUGACCCAGCCCUACAGAUUGUAGAGAGGCAGCCCUCUCUAUCUAUCCCGCCACCUCUCCCUCGUUCAAGCUGGCUGCGUCAUCAUCAGAAGGAAUUCCAGAGCCCUUACAUCAAGACUAGCAUGCAGGGGGAUAUUUACAACUUCCUAGAGAGACCUGCUGGAUUGAAGUGCUUCCUCUACCACUUCCUUGUCUUCGUCAUGGUCCUGGUGUGUCUAAUCUUCAGUGUGCUGUCCACGAUAGAACAAUAUGCAGAGUUUGCCACGGGUACCCUCUUCUGGAUGGAGAUUGUGUUGGUUCUGUUCUUUGGCACAGAGUAUGUAGUCCGGCUGUGGUCGGCAGGCUGCCGCAGCAAAUAUGCGGGCAUCAAAGGACGCCUCCGCUUUAUCAGGAAACCCAUAUCAAUCAUAGAUUUAAUAGUGGUCAUUGCCUCAAUCAUUGUUCUUGGUGUAGGGUCAAAUGGCCAAGUGUUUGCAACAUCUGCCAUCAGAGGCAUCCGCUUUCUCCAAAUCCUGCGGAUGCUACAUGUGGAUCGACAGGGAGGAACGUGGAGGCUCCUGGGAUCUGUAGUCUUUAUUCAUCGGCAGGAGCUGAUUACCACCUUGUACAUUGGCUUUUUGGGCCUGAUCUUUUCCUCCUACUUUGUCUACUUGGCGGAGAAAGACGCUGUAGAUGAGGAGGGCAAGACGGGCUUCUCCAGCUACGCCGAUGCCCUCUGGUGGGGUGUGGUAACUGUCACCACAAUCGGCUACGGAGACAAAAUUCCUCAAACAUGGAUAGGAAAGGCCAUCGCCUCCUGCUUCAGUGUCUUUGCUAUCUCCUUCUUCGCUCUACCUGCAGGUAUCCUGGGGUCAGGUUUUGCCCUCAAAGUCCAACAGAAGCAGAGACAGAAGCAUUUCAACAGACAGAUCCCUGCUGCAGUCGCCCUUAUCCAGACACUGUGGAGGUGCUAUGCAGCAGAGAAACCCAACGGCUCUGCGGCUACUUGGAAAAUGUACGUCCUAACUCCAGAGGGUGUUGCUGCAGCAGAAUCUGACAGAAGGAAACAUAACUUUUCGAAAAAGUUAAACAAGAAGAGGUUGAAGUGCAGAGGAAAUGGUUCUAUGGGCGUCGGGUCGGAGAGAGCUGUAUCGAUCCCCCAGAUCACCUAUGAUCACAUUGAAGACUCCGAGGAGAAGAAAGAUGUCUCAUUUUUCCACGAAGAGCCAAGGGGGACUGUGGAAGGAGUCACCAGGAUGUUCAGGCAAUCAGGCCCGCCUCAACAUUCUUGGUCAUCUUUCGCUCUGAGCUGCCCUGCUCUCCCAGUAAAGAGGAGUCCUAAUAACAGCACUUCUAUCGACAUCUCCCGGGCCAACAGCUUAACUGAUGAGCUAGAUGACAUGAGUGAGGAUAUUCCACUGCCUGUGGUGACUGACAAAACUCAGUUGUCCCAUGCCCAGAGAUCUGCGGUUAAAGUCCUCCGCAGAAUGCAGUACUUUGUGGCCAGGAGGAAAUUUCAGCAAGCUCGGAAGCCCUAUGAUGUGCGAGACGUGAUCGAACAGUAUUCCCAGGGUCACCUCAACAUGAUGGUCCGCAUCAAGGAGCUGCAGAGAAGGCUGGAUGGCACUCUGGGAAAGCCGGGCAUGUUUCUUCCAGGAAAAGGGGAAGAUAAAGAAUACCCGACUAUUGGAGCACGACUCAUCAGGCUGGAAGAUAAGAUCCAUCAGAUGGACCAGAAAAUGGACUCGGUCCUGCGGAUCCUCUUGGAGCAGUUCCCGCCCAAAGCAGAGCUGACGUCCAAACCCUCUAUCCGCAGGGUGACCAUCCAGAAACGAAUGGGUGGUAGCACCGACGAGGGGCCCUGAUGUCAUAGAGAUGUUCACGCUGGGUAUGCUGAUGUCAUCGCCAAAGGACAAUUAAAGGAGCAGGAGUUCACAUAAACAGCCUAACCCCUUAUGCGGGGAGUUAAUAAGGGGGUUCAGUCUUCCGAAACCACCUCCCCCUCUGUUCCUUUCGCAGUUCCAAAUUUUCAAAUUAACUUGUGACCGUUGAGAAGAGAACAACUUCUAAUUGUCCACUUAACGCUGAUCUUGGACACGAGGGCAAAACAACCACUCAGAGUGGGAUUCGUGUGUAGAAAGCAGACCAAACUGGCUUCUUCCAUAGGAAGAUUGUUACGGCUAUUUAUAUAUAUAUAUUUUUUUUUUUUCAGUUUUCUCAAUGUAGCUUUGUCUUCUAUACUAGUAUUGUGGACCGUCAGACUUACCCCAGCAGCACAGUCAUUCAAGCAGCAACAUGCUGCAUGAAUUUAUUUCAUUACAUUAGCCUCAUAAUCACACUACUCUAUGAUGUUAAUUUAUGUGUGGCCUGUCAGUGAGCUGCAUUCCUCUACUGCAAAUAUUAUUCCAAAGCUAACUAACCCUGUAAUGAAGUCGUAAUGCAAUCAAAGCUCUGAAGUUCCCAAAGACGUAGGAAAAAAAACUGAAAGUCCAGCCAUGGCAGAGGAAUUCCUCAAAUCCUUCUGAUUAUCUUGGCACCACCAACACCAAGCACACCGCAGGGUUAUAUCCGUAGAUACAUAUCCAUCUAGCCUAACUGUACCCAGGCUGUGGCAGGUGUUUGUUGGUAGUGAUCGAAUAACAUGAGAAGGGUAGACAGUUUAUCUGUUGACCUUUUCCUGCAUUGGGACUGGAAGGCUGGAGUAGUUUAGGAAAUUAAACUAACGAACUGUGUAUGGUCCAGGCUGGGUGGCUAGCAUGGUGCUGAUUUACAGCUACGUUGGGGCUAACAAAAUAGCCAGACUGCUGUGACAAGACUUGGUGCUGUACAGUCAGAAGCUGUGGCAUGGUCUGAGUGCUCGAGGUUUUCCCAUAGCUCUCAGUCUCAAACACUUUGACCUUAAACCACCAUCCGGAUUCUGCAGAACAUCUUCUGUUACCAUCGUCGGGGCGCUUCCACUGCUGUGCUGAAUUUGAGAUAAAUUUGCCCCAUUAAAGCUCUGAUUAUUUUUUCUCUCCUACACUAAUUAAGUGUUGAAUUCCUGGUAAGGAGAGAUUUCUGACUGCGGGCAGCUAAUGAAAAGAAACACUGGGAAAUGUGCAGAAUUUAAACAGAACGCUUUGAGGAGCUGGCGCUCUAAUUCUUUGUGAAGGGUUUGGAAAUAGUAGGCUACCAUUGAGAGUACUCGUUUGAAAGAGAAAGACAAUGCUCUCGUUUUGUUUCCAUACUCAUAUUAUCUAUCUGACAGAGGGCACUGAGGCAUGUGAGAAGUAGAAAAUAGAAAAUAACUCAACUAUGUAGCUGUAGUAUGAAAGGCCUCCCAUAAUUAUAGCAUGCACAUUCCUAAAAAGACGAAUGCACACACAAAAAAAGGAUGAACAAGGGAAGCAGAAAGCAGAAAGGCUCUUUCUCUGCACAAGCGUGUGUUUUCAAAGUUUUUGCAGUGGUUAAAAAAAUGAGUUAUUAUUUAUCAGCUAUUUACAUAAAGUGGUUGUAAUUUAAAGACACUAAUUUUAUGAUAGAUGCAUAUCUGGCUGUCUCUUCUCCUGUACAGUUUUAUAAAAGUUGUAAAUAGAAACAUUGCCUUACUGUACUGUAUUUAUUAUAAUGUGUAAAAAAAAAAAAAUCAGCCUGGAAUAUGUCUGCUUGUUGGAGUUGUCUAAGACAUGGGGGGAGGUUCCUGUUGUCCAAAUGGAUGGAAAUAUGGAAAUGAUUGUAAAUGAUACUCUCACACAUCCUCUGCACUGU